UUUGUAGAUUUCUGUUCUUCUGGUCAGCGGGGAAUUCAACAUUUUAGUACAAACAUUAAACGGCAACAUCAGUGCGACGGGUGUGAGAAAUCGUACAGUUCUUCAGCUAAUCUACGACGUCACAAAAGGGUAGAAUGUGGCAAAGAGAAAAAGUUUAAAUGUUACCAUUGCGAAAAAGCAUUUUAUCAUAAGAGCCAUUUAAAGUACCAUCUUUCCGCUCAUAUGAAGAAAAUGUUUUUUAAUUUUCAUAUUAAAAAUCCACCUAGCCUACUUCCCAAACUAGUCAAUUUUGCAGUAGUAGGUAUACGUUAUUGGUGCACCAUACUAACAACAUUUCUUUUAGGUUCUCGUUUCUCAUGCAACAACUGUCGAGCCUCAUACAAACGUAAAUAUCACCUGAAGGCACAUCUGAAAUACGAAUGCGGAAAGGAGCCGCAAUUUAAAUGUUACAGAUGUGGCAAAAGAUUCAAACGAAAAGGAAAUCUUAACCAACACGUUAGAGUAGUAUGUGGAGGAAGUUAGACUUAGUUUUAGUAAAGUCACGAAGGUCAUUCGUUCUUAUUGUGCAUUUUACUUUAUCAUUUGACAUAAAAACUUUCGUGCAAUCUGAUUACAAUAAACUGUAAUGUAAAACACUAUUUAAAAGUGUUUUGUCUUAAAUUAUUAUUACGAUUUCCAAAUGCAGAAUAAAUAUUGUAGAUAAUUGUGUUCCUUAUCUUCUCCUACUGCUUUUGUACAUUUGUGAUAAAAUUAUGUAAUGAAAACGCAUUAUUUUAAUGAUUUUGUCUGUGAUUUGUAAAUAAUUCCGUUACUGCUAAUAAUAAUUUUAAUUAUGCCAGAAUCAAAGCCAAAAUGGAGACAAAAAACAAUUUAUUUAUCAAACCGACAGUCGACGUUAUUAUCUGAAAAUAAAUGGAAGAAAUAGAAAGUUAAUUUGAACAAAAAUUGUAGCAGUUGAUGUUUCCACAAUUGCGUAAAAAUAAGUGAUGGUGCCAGCCCUUAAUUAGUUAUUCUCAUGAUCGCUGUAUUUGUGUUAAUGUGAGCUUUAUGAAAUUGUAUGUAAAAAGUGUAAUAUCUAAAUUACAUUAUUAAAAAAUUUAUUUAUUAUCUGUUUGAUUUUUGUACAA